GACUGAGGACACAAACACUGAGGUCAUUAGCUAAAUAAAAUAUUGUCCUUUUUGCGCGCGAGCGCUGCUGUCUCUCUUUGAAUACAUUUGACAGCUUCGCCAGCGGUCCUAGGAAUUGACCUCUGUAAGCAUGCAUAGUUUGACACAACAGUACAUGACCGAGAAACGCUGACCUGACUCUAAAUGGAAGGUCCACUUCUGCGGCCGCGACAAAUUACCUUUGACGACUUGUCCGGCUCGCUCUCUCGCGUUGCCGGCGCUCAGCUAAUGAAGACUAUGACAGGACCAGUAAACACAAAGGAUACCUCCAAUACACCAAGCUGGAACGAGCUGGUUGCGCAACUCAGCGCAAUAGCCAGGGAUGUACAAGAGGCGCAUGACGAAAUGCAGAGCCGCGUGGACGGCCACCGGCGUGCGGCCCUUGACCAGCUCGAGGCCACGGGCGGUAAACAGGCGCAGGAGAGCCACGUCAAGGCCUUGAAGGCCAACUGGAAGUUUGGAGGACAGAAGGAGGCCUUCCUUGAACGUGUGAAGGCGUUCCGCGACACGCAGGAGCUGUUGCAACACGACUUCUCCUCUGACGCCAGCAUCGCCGACAAGGCCGUGACGACGCUGAAGGAGGAGAUACGCGAGCGCAACGCCGCCAUCACCAAGAUGCAGCAGCAGCUGGGCGGCGUCAUCAGCCAGAUCACGCGGCUGUACGACACCGGAAAGGCCGCGGCGGCGCAGCUGGGCAUGCAGCUGCCGCGCAUCGCCGCCGAGCUGGAGGAGUACCAGGCCGGGCGCGAGGCGCCGCCGGAGCCCGCCGUGGGCGGCAAGGCCGAGGAGGAGCUGCUACGGCUGCUCGCCGAGGAGGAGGCGGAGGCGGCGGCGCUGGAGGCGGAGGCGGCGCGGGAGGGCGCCAACUGGGCUGCGGGCCAGGCGGAGCGCGGCGCGCUGGAGGCGUGUGUGCGGGAGCUGCGGGAGGAGGCGGAGGCGCUGGAGGAGGAGUGCAGCGCGGCGGCGGCCAAGCAGGGAGCCAAGUACUCGGAGCAGCUGCAGUGGUACGAAUCGCUGUGCUGUGCGCUGACCCGCCUCAACGGUGUGGAGCUGCUGGGGGCAGACGCAUCCAGCCUGCGCCUGGCCAUCACGCAGGCCAUCCCGCGCGCCAUGCCCGGCCGCGAGCACUUCCCGCAGCCGCCCUCCGCCUCCGCCAGCGCCUCCGCCUCCCAGGCUGCUGGCACGGGCGCCGCCGGCGUGAUCAGCAUGUCUCUGGACCCAUCCGCCGCCGCGUCGGCCGCCGCCGGCAUCGGCGCAGAGGCGGCGGAGCACCGCCUCACCCUGGAGUUCGCGCCGCCUCCGGCUGCGGCCGCCGCCGGCGCCGGCUUCUCCUCCGCCGCCGCCUCGGCGCCCGCCAUGCCGCUUCUGUGCGGCGCUUCGCUGGAUCCGCCGGUUGUGGACAUCACGGAGGACGUGCGCGCGGCGCUGGCGCUGCAGGGCAGUGCUGAUGCGCGGGAGCGCGGCGCGGCGCUUAGUGGACUGCUGAUCGACGUGAAGGCGCGCGUGCGGCAGCACUGCCGCCGCGAGCUGCAGCUGUCGGACGCCAACGAGAUCUACCCGCUGCAGCCCACGGACGUGUCCCCGCAGCUGCUGCGCUGUGUGCUGCCCAACAAAGUCGAGGUGGAGGUGGAGGUGCCGCUGGCCUGGCCCUGCGACGACGCUGUCGGUGCGGGUGCGGGUGCAAGCGCUCCGCAGCUGGCGCUGGUGGCGCUGCAGGCGCCGCGCGCCUCGCAGGACCUGGCGCCGCUGCUGACGCGGCUGCAGCAGGACCUCAAGGCCGCGCAGCAGCCGGAUGAGGAGCAGCAGCAGCCGUCGGAGCAGGGCUUGGCUGGAAGCGGCAGUAGCAGCCAGGCGCUGCUGCGGCGGCGGCAGCUGCGUGGCUGCAGCUUGCGGGAGCUGCUGGACUGGGUGUAUGGCUGCAUUGUGGCGGAGCUGGGCAAGUAGCCGGCAGGAGGACCGCACAAGAGGAGGGACAGCGACACGGCGAUGGCGCGGCGAGGAGGUGGCGGGGGCGGAAGGCGGGCCAAAGAGGAAGGUACCGUUUCCAGUCAUGCAUCGGUGGUAGCACCUUCGGCUUGUGUUUCGAACAGUGCGCAUUAGUUAAGCCACAGGUUUGCUGUGGCCGGGAUUUGCUCCUUAGCCAGGGGGACUGGGAACGUGUACGAUGCGCAGGGAUGGCAAGGGUGGACGAUUAAAAGGAGCAAUCGAGGGCAUACGAAGGCUCUGUAAGGCCCUUCAAUGAAAUGGCUGGACUGCCGACUAAUUGACGCGUCAUUGAUCUC